AUGGAGAAUCCUGAUCAUAAUAAUGAGUCCGGAUCAAAUCCUAAACGAACUCGUAUCGAAGUGGAUGUUGCAAAUCUUCCCAUGGAUCCUGGUUUAAGAAUAAAAAUUUCUAACUAUCAUCCUAAUGAAAGAGAUCAAAUUAGAAGGCAUUAUCUACAAAAUAAAGCUUGUCAACCAGUUAACCAUGAUUUUCCACAAAGUCAAUUUGGCAAAACAAAGCGUCGAUUUAAUCCAGUGUGGUUCAAAGAAUUUGAAGGUUGGUUGGAAUAUAGCAUUACCAAAGAUGCUGCAUAUUGUCUAUAUUGUUAUCUAUUUCGACCUAAUACUGGUGAUCAAGGAGGGGGAGACUCAUUUGUUACUGAAGGAUUCAGAAAUUGGAAAAAAAAGGAGAAAUUACAGAAUCACGUUGGGGAUCACAACAGUGCACAUAAUAUAGCUCAAAGAAAAUGUGAAGCUUUGUUAAACCAGAGACAAAGUAUUCAAACAGUUAUAAACAAGCAAUCAGAUGUUGAGAAAAGGGAAUAUCGGACUCGUUUGAAUGCAUCAGUGGAUUGUAUUUGUUUUCUACAACGACAAGGAUUAGCAUUUCAUGGCCAUGAUGAAUCUAAAGACUCCAAUAAUCAAGGAAAUUUUCUUGAAUUAUUACGGUUUCUUGCAAAUCACAAUGAAGAGAUUGAUAAGGCAGUUCUUGAAAACGCUCCUGAAAAUCAUCAAAUGACCUCUCCUGAUAUCCAAAAAGAAAUAGCAAAUGCUGCAGCUGUUGAGACAAUAAAUGCUAUUAUUAAAGAUAUUGGAGACUCAUUAUUUGCUAUUAUAGUUGAUGAAUCACGUGAUAUGUCUACUAAAGAACAAAUGGCAAUUGCUUUGCGCUAUGUGGACAAAUUGGGACAUGUGAAUGAGCGCUUUUUAGGCAUUACACAUGUUAAUAAUACAUCAGCAGUGACACUAAAGAGUGCAAUUGAGGAAGUAUUUAAUAAACAUAGCUUAAGCAUUAGUAGAUUGCGGGGACAAGGCUAUGACGGGGCAAGCAACAUGCAAGGUGAGUUAAAUGGACUAAAAACUCUUAUUUUGAAAGAUAAUCCUUCUGCCUAUUAUGUCCAUUGCUUUGCACAUCAGCUUCAACUAACAUUAGUUGCAGUAGCAAAAAAUCACAUCCAAAUUGCAACCUUUUUUAACUUGGUUGCAAAGGUAUUCAAUAUUGUUGGAGCAUCAUGUAAACGUCGUGAUAUUCUUCGCGAAAAACGUAAUGCUGAAGUUAUAGAAGCACUAAAAAAUAAUGAAAUUUCAACUGGUCGUGGCUUGAAUCAAGAAAUGAGUCUAAAAAGACCUGGAGAUACACGUUGGAGUUCUCAUUAUGGUGCACUUGUAAAUCUUAUUCACAUGUUUUCUUCUGUAAUUGAUGUGAUUGAAACUAUUAUAGAAGAUGGUUUAGAUUCUGAUCAGAGAGCAGAAGCAAAUAUCUUAAUUGGUUUACUCCAGACAUUUGAAUUCGUGUUUGAUUUACAUUUGAUGAAAGGUGUGCUUGGCAUAAGUAAUGAGUUGUCACAGGCAUUACAACGAAAAGAUCAAGAUAUUGUGAAUGCUAUGAAGUUGGUUGACAUUUCAAAGCAACGUUUACAAGCCAUGAGAGAUGAUGGGUGGAACACUUUGCUAGAGGAGGUUUCUACAUUUUGUGCAAAAAAUAAUAUUGAUGUUCCUGAUAUGGAUGAUUUAUAUCAACCUCGGCCACGACGAAAAGCUCAAAACAUGAAAAAUUCACAUCAUUAUCAAGUGGAGCUUUUUUAUACUGUUAUAGAUAUGCAACUUCAGGAACUUAAUAGUCGUUUUGAAAAUUCUGAAUUAUUACUUUGUGUUGCGUGUUUAAACCCAGAUAACUUAUUUUCAGCAUUCAACAAGGAGAAAUUGAUUCAGCUUGCUCAAUUUUAUCCAAGUGAUUUUUCAACAGUUCAAGUUUCUUUCUUGGAUAACCAACUUGAGACAUACAUCCAUGACAUGCGGUCCACUGAAGAGUUUUCAGCACUUAAAGGAAUUGGACAGCUUGCUGAAAAGAUGGUAGAAAUGAAAAAGAAUGUUUCAUAUCCAUUGGUUUACUCAUUAGUGACUUUGGCAUUGAUCUUACCAGUUGCAACAGCUACUGUUGAAAGAGCUUUUUCAGCAAUGAACAUAAUUAAAAAUCGAUUACGCAAUCGAAUAGGAGAUCAGUGGAUGAAUGAUUGCUUAGUCACAUAUAUUGAGAAAGAUAUAUUCAAAACUAUUGAAUGUGAAGAAAUCAUGCAGCGGUUUCAAAAUAUGAAAAAUCGUCGAGGGCAAUUGAGUAAAAUAAGCUAGGUGUGAAAAAAUAAAUUAAAGUUUACAUUUUAUGUUAGAUUCUGUAUGACAAUUACAUUAUCAUAUAGUUGUUUAUUUAUUUUGUUAUUAAUAUUGAUUAAUUUUUUACUUCCAAUCUUGUCUUUUAAUCUUGCCCCCCCUGAUCUAA